AUGCGAACCAUUGGCUCACCCCUGAUCGCUUCGGAUAUCGGUGAUAAUACCAAAGCUUCGCUGAAGGAGUUCGAGUCGAUGGGCUGGAAAUGCAGUCUCAGGGCUCACCCUCGUUAUACGAAGCACAAUAUUGAGAACAUGCUGCCUCACCGUCACACCCGCCUGUAUAUAGAAUGGGCUAUACAAUAA